GAGGGGUGAUUUCAGCAGCUCUUGAACCUAGAGAUAGGUUGUGACAUAACCCUGGAUCUAUCAGCAGUGCUCAAAAAAUACAUCUCUUUAGGGAGUUUCUUUAGUAGAUUUGAAGAGUUAAACUGUAGAAGAUGAUAAAGGAGGUGGUGAUUGGGACUCUGUGUGGGGCUGUCGUGUUGACUAUAGGUAUCCUAAUCGGUCACUUUGGUAUCAAAAAGAACUCUGCACCAGCCUGGGUGAAUGAGGUGUCGAAGGAUGUGGACGAGAACCUCAUCAAACAGUUUUUGUCCGAGGUGGAUACAGUCCAACUUCAGGAAAACCUAAGGGAGUUGACAAAAGUGCCUCAUAUGGCCACAUCGCCUGGAGAUAAACAGACGGUGCAGUUUGUGCUAAAAAGAUGGCAGGAUCCAGAAAGCGGUUUGGAUAAAGCCUGGCAACAGGAAUAUAAGGUCUACCUUUCAUUCCCCAACCCUGAUAACCCCAACAAAGUCACUGUCGUAAACACGUCAAAUUCUGUGCUGUUCACUGUGAGAGAAAGGGAGAAGCCAUACACUCCAGAUCAAGAAGAUCCCGAGGUGGUUCAACCGUUCGCUGCAUACUCUCCUCCAGGAAAUGCAAUGGGGAAACUUGUUUACGCCAAUCAGGGCAAACCAAGUGACUAUCAUCUUCUGAACCAGACCAUUGAUCUAAGAGGAACCAUCGCAAUCACCAGAUAUGGUGGAGCAGGGAGAGGAGCUAAGGCCAUCAAUGCUGCAGCCUUCGGUGUUGUUGGUGUGCUGGUGUACACAGACCCUCUGGACAUCAAUGAUGGUUUCAUGUCAGACACCAAUGAGACGUACCCCCAUUCCUGGUAUCUGCCGCCUACUGGUGUGGAAAGAGGUUCCUAUAACAAGGACUUUGGAGAUUUGCUCACACCGUACUUGGCUGCGAAAGAGGAAACCUACAGAAUCUCACCUGAAGACAUAACUGGGAUUCCUCCCAUUCCAACACAACCAAUUGGAUUUGAGGAUGCAUACAGACUAAUCUGUGAACUGGACGGAAAGAAAGCUCCAGAUGAAUGGCAGGGAGGAUUUAACUGUACCUACAAUUUUGGUGGUCCUGGGUUUAAACCUACAUCUUCCUUCAACAACAGUGAUGUAAAACUGGAAAUCUUUAAUCAAGGAAAGAUAUUAAACUCCUCCAAUGUGAUGGGAGUUAUCAGAGGAAGUGUUGAACCAGACAGGUAUGUAAUCUAUGGGAAUCACAGGGACAGCUGGGUACAUGGUGCCAUCGACCCAAGCAGCGGAACGGCAGUCAUGCUGGAAAUCACCAGAGUGCUGGGCAGAAUGGUCAAACAGGGAAAAUGGAGACCUCGUAGGUCCAUUAUCUUUGGAAGCUGGGGAGCUGAAGAGUUUGGCCUUAUUGGGUCUGCUGAGUACACAGAGGAAUACUUCACUAAGCUCAGUGAACGUACUGUUGGUUACAUAAAUGUGGACAUAUCCGUUUUUGCAAAUGCUACACUAAGCGCUUCAGCGAUGCCAUCAAUGCAAAGUGUCAUCUUCAAAGCUACAAAACAGGUCAGUGCUCCUGGAAGUGAUUCCACAUCUGUGUACGAUAACUGGAUCCGUUACUCCAACAGAACAAGCCCGGCCCAUGGAGUCAUUCCAAGGGUGAGAUAUCUGAAUGGAGCAGGAAGUGAUUAUGCUGCCUUUGUCCAUUAUCUGGGAAUCGCCUCUAUUGAUAUGUCAUACACAUAUGACAGGAGUAAAACAAACGCUCGGAUUUACCCUGCAUACCAUACGGCAUAUGACACUUUUGACUACGCUUCAAAAUUCAUUGAUCCCGGAUUUGUCAGUCACCAAGCUGUUGGCAGGAGUGCAGGAAACAUCCUCAUCCGACUGGCUGACAGUCUGCUCUUACCUUUUAACUGCAACGACUAUGCUGAGAGUUUGGAGGAUUACCUGAACACAGCAGUGACCUUAUAUGAGGCACAACUUAAAGCAAAAAGCAUCUCAAUGGAACCACUCAAAAAUGCUGUGGCCAACUUUCGCAGAGCAGCAGAACAGCUGGACAAAGUGAUUCAGAGCUCAGACCUGGCAAAUGAAAUGCCGCUAAAUAUCAGAAAGAUCAAUGAUCAGCUCAUGUUGAUGGACCGAGCCUUCUUGAAUCCUCUGGCCUUCCCAGAUGAAUAUGGAUUCAGGCAUGUUAUCUGGGCCUCAAGCAGUUCAGGCAAGGCAACCUUCCCAGGGCUAGCAGAUGCCUUCACCCAAGCUGAGUCAUCAGGUUCGUCCACUGACUGGAAAAAGGUGCACUACCACCUGUCAGUAGUGACCCAAGCCAUCGAAGGGGCCGCCGACAUGCUGAAUGAAGUUAUAUAGUCAGAACUUUUUGUAUAAACUACAACACUCCAUUACGGUCUAUUUAUACAUUAGGCUACAUGCAGAAAUUUGGAAACCAGUGUAGAAGGAUUAAAAAAAGACACGCAUAUAAUAAACUAUUAAGUUUUGAAAACAAAUAUGGAACUUUUCCCUUCUAAGUGCUUGUUGUUAAUGGUGUAUAUUUCAGCUUGCAUUUACAUUUUUAAAUUUUUUUAAUACCCAAGUAUGCUCUGUCGGCCUGCAGUGCCUUAAUCAAUGCUGUUGUGUUUUAGACAAAGAAAGGCUGUCAGCAAUCUCUGAAAUUCAUCAAGUGAUUAAAUGAAAGUGAAAUAAAAUGAAAGCUUAAUGUUGUCAUAAUAAUAAUAAAAAUAAUAAUAAUAAUAAAGAAUAAUAAUAAUAAUAAUAAAAGUUAUAAUGAAUUAAACUUCCAA